GUUACUGUAGUAUAAAACUAGUAGACAACUUAUUUUAGUGUCAGUUGUUGUUAAAGUGUUAUUUUCGAAAGACUUUUUUAUAUAAUAUAAAGUGUUUUCUUCAUUAGAUUCAAAAUAACAAUUUUUUUUCGGAAUUAUGUUACGAAUUAUCGUCCUAAUCACAACUUUCAUUGUCGUGAAUGCUGAUUCAACCCUAAGUGGUUUUUCACCUUCCGAUGAUGGAUUUAAAUCAUACGAUUAUGGAAAUAGAAAUGCGAGAGGAUCAACGAAAUAUUUUCUCGCCAGUUCAUCUAGUCCAGGUCAUAUUAAUAGUCUUUCAAAUAGCUACCCUUCGACAAUUUAUUCCGACGCUAGCCAAGGGGAAAGUCUUGCCAGUCAAACGGUUAGAAAUUAUCAAAAUGUAGACAAUUCUUUUUUAUCAGACGCUCCCACAACAAUUAGCAGUUAUUCAAGGCAAAGACCGUACGCUUUAUCGAAUUCAGAUUAUAGUACAAGUCAGUCAGAUUACGCCGGAAGCAGUAAUUCUCAGUCAGGAUUCUCUGGAAGAACCGAUUAUGAAAGUUCCUCACCGGUUAGCGAUUAUACGGGAUCAGCGACUCAACAAUUUACCGUCGGUACUAGUUAUCGUGGUGGUUCAAGUAUCGAUAAUUAUCCAACAAAUCAGGAUACAUCAUCCAGCAUCCGUGGAUAUAUAAGUCAAUCAUCAUCGCCUACUGCUACCUCUGGUUUUGUAGCAAGUCCCAGUUAUCCCGAAACAAUUUCCAAUAAUAAUAAUAAUAAUCGACCCCUUUACACCGGAAGUGGAUUUAAGGCACUCGAUAACACGGGAUUUCGCAGUUAUUAUCCAACAAAUUCCUUAGGAACGAGGGAAUUUUUAACGAAUAACAAACAUCGAGGACAUGUAAUUAGUGGCAAAUAUCCAAUCUAUGAGAAUGUUAAUAAUCCCUCAGACGGAUUCCAGGGAAAUGAAAUUGAUUAUGCGUCAAGUUCGCCGCAUAUUUAUUCCACUGGUAAUUAUAAACGGGAAAGUUUUAAUUCCGUUGCAUCACCACUUCAUUCAGGAUUUUCUGCCUCUGGAUUAAAUUAUCUGUCAUCAAAUGGUGUGAAGAGUUCGUAUCCUUUCGCUGGAUCGAAACCACAAUCGUUGCUUUAUUCUGGACCACAAAAAUCAUCAGGACUAUUUAGUGGAAAUGAAGGAAGAAUAAUUGUGAGCCAGGCAGGAAAUCCAAAUUUCUCUUCGUAUUCCUCAAAUCCAAGUUUUAUGACAAAAGGACAUGGCUCAUAUUUAUUGGGCAAUGGUUCAGGAAAAUAUAUCAUAAUGAAGGAUAAUUUAUCAGGUAGUUCUCAUCUCAGUGGCAGUUCAUAUCCUCCUGGUGGGCAAAUGUCUCCUCUUAUUGGUGGUAGUUAUAAAACAACAAGAAAUGCCGAUUUUGGAAGUCCUAGUUUUUCCUAUUCUCCAAGUUUUGCCGGUGGAUCAAGUCCUUAUUCUAACAGUCGUUUUAUAACCAGAGGAGGAGGAGGAGGAGGCAGCAGCAAUCCUUUUUCAGCUUUCUUGGGUGUAUCGUAAAUAAUUCUGAGCUUUAAUUUAAUUAAAUAAAUUAAUAAUCACAAUUAUUAUUUAUUUAAUUAAAUAAGUGUUUAUUUAUUAAAUUUUAUUUAAGUUAUUUCUAGCUUGUUGUUUUUAUAAUUAAAAAAAGCGAUAAAAUCCAAAAA